CUCCACCCCGUCCCUCCCGGGACCUCUCCCCCUCCACACCCUUCCCCCCCAUCCUGGAGGCCCGGCUGGACGCGACCCAGAGCUGCCACCGCCCGCUUCUGCCACUCAAUGGAGGACAGUCUGCUGGAGAUCAUGACCAAGGACGGCGGCGAUAUGCCGGCGCCUCUGGAGGUGUCCACGGUGCCCGCCGUGGGGGACGUGAUCUCUGGGGAGUAUAACGGCGGCAUGAAGGAACUGAUGGAGCACCUGAAGGCCCAGCUGCAGGCCCUGUUUGAGGACGUGAGGGCCAUGCGAGGGGCGCUGGACGAGCAGGCCUCGCACAUCCAGGUUCUAUCGGACGACGUGUGCGCCAACCAGCGGGCCAUAGUCUCCAUGUGCCAGAUUAUGACCACCGCGCCCCGCCAGGGAGGCUUGGGCGUGGCUGGCGGCAAGGGGAGCUUCCCGAGUGUUCCCCAUGAGCCGGAGACACCUUCGCCUGGGACUGGGGACAGCGGCUUGCUGGGUCGUGAUCCCGGGGAGGAGGACGAGGAUGAAGAGGAGGAGAAAGGGAUACCCAGCCCCGCCACACCCACCAGUCACUGUCAGGGAGAGAGAGACUCUCACAGAAGGAUUUGUAGGGUGAAGGACUUCGGAAGCAUCGCGAAUUCCACCCAACCACGCAUCAUAGCAAAACUGCAGAAAGGUGAGGUUCCCGGAGAGGAAGUGCCCAUCUCUGGGACUCCCAUCCGUCCCCUUACCUUGCCCUCUCUCCCCUCUUCCCAGGAAACAGGAGGACCAUUGAAUUAUGUAAAUAAAAUUCUGCUUUUUCUACUCUGAAAAAGGACUCACCUAGGACUUUGGCAAAUAAUCUCUAUUUACCUAGAAAUUAAGGAAUUGGGGGUAUAUUCUGUUCUGGCAACAGGAAAUUUACCCUUUUGCUGAAAUCCAAGAUAUACAGUGCUCUGCAGAAGCCUCUCCCCUCACAGAUCUCUGCGGCUGUUGAUUGGUGAAGGAAGCUUGAGGAGGGAACUGCAGCCCUAGGAAUCCGGGUGCAUGGGGUUCCCAGGGCCCCUGGGCUGGGAGGAGCUAUGAAUGUGCAUGAAGACACAAUAGCUCAGCCUCCGGGAUUUUGCAUGCAGAGCCGAAGCUGCCCGUCACUGACUUCAUCCGGGAUUGCUUUCCACUCACCUGGACCUAGAGAACAAAGUGCCCUGUUCGCAGGCAGAGACUUGGGGCUGGUCAGCAACAGACCCGAUGUAGGGGACGCUUGAGAAACUCCUGCAGGGGGGAGGGCGAGGGGCUGCAGCCCAAACCUGUCUUUUCCGGCUAUGCCCGCUUACACUUAAGUUCCUUUUUCUGUCGGUAUGUCACGACCCUCUCUCUCUGCUUUUGGCGUUGCCUCCAUAAUGUCUUGUGUUUUGUGCGUCCACUUGUGUAGUAGUGUGUGAGCCCUCAGGGGCAGGGCUUGUGGCUCUAGUAUUAGGUUCAGGGGGCUGCAGACCCUUCUGUGAGCCCCGGGUUACCAUGGCACUUCCCCUCUCUUCCCCCCUUUUACUCCACUCCUCUGCCAGGGCAUGGAGCAUGUGGCUGUCCUGAGGUUCCUUCACUGAUGCGCCUCCCUCCCCACCUCCCUUCCGAAGUGGUGACUUUGUGUGCCCUUCCCCCUCCUUCGCAAUGCUUUCCUUGGUGUCAACCUUAAUAAAAAGACGUCAUCUCCC